GGAAUCACAGUAAAAAAAAAUUGUUUCUUUUCUACUCAUAAGUUUUCCAUUAAAUCACACUAGUACACACAUUAAAGAUUCAUUACCCAACUCUGAAAACAUGUGAAAUGAACUGACAAACAGCUCAUCUCAUCCCCAAUUCAAAAGAAAGUAGCUCAAAAGUUGCAAACGGGUGUUCAUUCACAACAACCGCCUAUGGAAUCCGGAGCAAAAGCUGCUUUCCGAGGAGUGUAGUUGUAGUUAAGCUGUUGAACUACUUCUUCGGUGCUUGAAUCUAUAAUCGCUUUCAGGCUGAGCUAGAAGUCAAGUUCUUUAACCAUUAAUGGAGUUUUUCGCAUCAUUGUUUCUAUUUCUGGCAUCACUUUCUGCAAUUUCGGGACAAUAUGUUCAAGAGUCGGAACUUGUAAUUAAUGGAACUUUACCAAUAUCACAUACGGAUGCAAAUUACAUUUGUGCUACUAUCGACUGGUGGCCUGAUGACAAGUGUAACUACAAUCAUUGCCCAUGGGGGUCGUCAUCUGCUCUAAAUCUGGAUUUAUCUAAUCCGAUUCUUACAAAAGCAGUCCAAGCAUUUGAACAUCUAAGAAUUCGAGUAGGAGGUUCCUUACAAGAUCAAGUGGUGUAUGAUGUGGGGGGUAUCUCGGGUCCUUGUCAUCCCUUUAUAAAAUUGAAAUGGGGAUUAUUUGGAUUCUCUAAAGGCUGUCUUCGUAUGGAUAGAUGGGACGAAUUGAAUCAGUUUUUUGUCAAGACAAGAUCACUUGUCACCUUUGGCUUAAAUGCACUUCGGGGAAGACACCAGAUUAGGAAGGGGGUUUGGGGAGGAAGUUGGAAUUCCAGUAAUGCCCAUGAUUUUAUAAAGUAUACUGUUUCCAAGGGAUAUCAAAUACAUUCAUGGGAAUUUGGUAAUGAGUUGAGUGGUAAUGGUGUUGGUGCCAUGGUCCAUGCUGAACAGUAUGGGAACGAUUUAAUUGAACUCAGGGGUAUAAUUGACAAUCUAUACAGACGAAUCCAACCAAAACCACUACUUGUAGCCCCUGGAGGUUUCUUUGAUAAAGAAUGGUUUGCAAAGCUUCUUAAGGAAACAGGUUCACAAAUUGUCAAUGUCAUGACACUCCAUAUGUAUAACCUUGGGCCAGGAAUUGAUCCGAAUCUAGUGAAAAAGAUUUUGGAUCCCCAUUUUUUGAGUAGGGCAUCUAUCACUUUCAGUGAUCUCCAUCAAAUCAUUAAAACGAAUGGCCCGUGGGCAUCUUCUUGGAUCGGGGAAUCUGGUGGAGCAUACAACAGUGGUGGUCUUCAUGUUUCAGACACCUUUGUAAAUAGCUUCUGGUACUUGGAUCAGCUUGCAAUGGCAGCUAAGUUCCACACACAAGUAUAUUGUCGCCAAAGUUUAAUUGGUGGAAAUUAUGGUCUUCUUAGCAAAACAACAUUUGCACCUAAUCCUGAUUAUUACAGUGCACUUCUAUGGCAUCGGCUUAUGGGGACAGGGGUUCUUUCUGUAGAAAGGAGAAGUGUUGGGCCACAUUUGCGCACUUAUGCCCAUUGUUCUAAAGGGAAAGCAGGCAUAACAUUGCUUUUGAUUAACCUAAGCAACCAAACAGAAUUCAGACUCGCUAUUCGCAACAUCUUGAACACGAAUUUGCUUACACCAAAAGUCACAAAAGUGUCUUUCUUUCAUAAACUAAAGUCAACCUUUUCAUGGAUCGGGUCAAAGUCAACCGAUGCAAAACUUACACGAGAGGAAUACCGAUUGACACCACAAGGAGGUGAUAUUAAAAGUAAAACAAUGCUUUUGAAUGGGAUUCCAUUAAUGGUCACAAAAACUGGAGAAAUCCCACAAAUGAAACCUGCUUUUGUGAAUGUGAAUUCUCCAGUUUCCAUUGCUCCUUUGACCAUCAAGUUCAUUCAGUUUCCCAACUUCCAGGCGUCAGGUUGUAAAUGACGCAUUAAGGGUUGUACCUUGACACGGUUGGUGAUGUGAUUGUGAUGUUUGUAAUGUAUCCUCAUCCUGUAUAUGUAUAAUGAAAAAAUUGUUCAAGUGUAGAAGAGCUUUGCAAUUGCGAAAGAGCAUUGUGAAGUUGAUAAGUUCCACUUUGAACCACUUUGUUUAAACUGUUGUGGUCCAAGUGUCCCCUUUGGGUUAAAAAAAUGACACUUGACCACCCUCAGCUAUGAAAAUUUCAUAAUUAAUAGUACGUUACAAUAUACAACAGUAUGGUUAGCUUGGAAUGU